CAGAGUAUGUCACCAUGAACCUGACGCUGAGCGCCGAGCCCGGAUCAUUCCUGACCAACAGCUCUCCAGGGAUGCGGGCCAAUCCCGUCACAGCGUUCGUACCAUGUGACGUAAACACCGUCAACGAUUCGCUCCUCAUGCAUGGCUCCAAUCUGACCGUCAAUGCCACUCUGCAGUCACCAGAAUCGCUCGGUGGACACAACAUCUGGCAGAUCGUGAUGAUCGUGUUCCUGUGCGGCUCGCUGUCCUUAGUCACCAUCACUGGGAACAUCCUGGUCCUUUUGUCCUUUAAAGUCAACAAGCAGCUGAAGACGGUGAAUAACUAUUAUUUGCUCAGCCUGGCGUUCGCAGACCUCAUCAUCGGCGUGCUUUCGAUGAACCUCUACACUACGUAUAUAAUCAUGGACCACUGGGCGCUGGGGAACUGGGCGUGCGAUCUGUGGCUAGCGGUCGAUUACGUCGCUAGCAAUGCUUCAGUGAUGAACCUGCUGGUCAUCAGCUUCGACAGGUACUUCUCCGUCACUCGUCCGCUGACGUACAGAGCCAAACGCACCACGAAGAGAGCCAUGACCAUGAUCGGACUCGCCUGGUCCAUUUCCUUCAUCCUCUGGGCACCAGCUAUCCUCUUCUGGCAGUAUUUCGUCGGGGAGCGGACGGUUCCUCCGGGAGAAUGCUACAUCCAGUUCCUCUCGGAGCCGAUCACCACUUUCUGCACAGCCAUCGCUGCUUUCUAUCUGCCGGUCACCAUCAUGACCGUCCUCUACUGGCGGAUCUACAAGGAGACGGAGAACCGCUCCAAAGAGCUGGCUGGACUCAAGGGUUCGGGGAACCAAGGGAGUCCGGAGGAACCCGUGGGGAAUCCGGGAAGCUCCUGCAGUCACAGCAGUUCGGAGCUCCACUCGUCCAGCCAGAGAAGCUCUGGAAGAACCAGGACCGGACGGUUUGGGUUCUGGCCGUUGAGUUGUAAAGCUUGGAAGGGUCGCAGCGGCGACUCGGACAGCUGGAAUAACAACGAAACCACCGUGUCCAUUGACCAGUCGGAUCAAGAGGAGGAAGAGGACGGAGAAGACGCCCGAGCCGUGUACUCCAUCUCCGAGAAUCACCACCCAACUGAAGACGCCGCAAGACCGUCCAGAAAGGGAUUGUCCGGUCACUCCAAAACAUCCGUGAGCUCCAAAGAUCAACCCAACGCCAGCAUCUCCCUCAAAGACUCGGCGCUCGCCAAACGCUUCGCCUCGAAGGCCAAGACGCAGGUCAACAAGCGCAAGAAGAUCUCUCUGGUGAAAGAGAAGAAAGCAGCGCAGACGCUGAGCGCCAUCCUCCUGGCCUUCAUCAUCACGUGGACGCCGUACAACAUCAUGGUCCUGGUGAACACCUUCUGUGACGAGUGCAUCCCCGAGACGCUGUGGGCUCUGGGAUACUGGCUGUGUUACGUCAACAGCACGGUUAACCCCAUGUGUUACGCUCUCUGCAACAAGACCUUCCGCACCACCUUCAGAUCCAUCCUGCUGUGUCAGUGGAGUCAGAACAAACCCAACAAGCCUCGGCUCCAGCAGAGACAGCCAGCGGCCACCUUCCGGAAACAGAGUCCUGCAGAUCUCUAGAGACGUUUGGAGGAACUUUGUGCGUCGCUUCUGAAGGGCUGUUGAGUUUGUACAGUGUUCAUGUUCGUGGGAGCCUCAGUCAGACUGUGUGACUACAUCCACAAAAAAAGCUACAGGAACGAG